AGGCCUGGUGCAGUGGCUCACACCUGUAAUUCCCACACUUUGGGAAGCCGAGGUGGGUCCAUCACUUGAGGCCAGGAGUUCGAUACCAGUCUGGCCAACAUGGUGAAACCCUGUCUCUAAAAACUAAAAAUACAAAAUUAUUGGGGCAUGGUGGCAGGCACCUAUAGUCUCAGCUACUUGGGAGGUUGAGACGGGACAAUUGCUAGAACCCGGGAGGUGGAGGUUGCAGUGGUCUUGCAUCAUUGCACUCCAGCCUGGGCAACAAGAGUGAAACUCUGUCUAAAAAAAAAAAAAAAAAGCCAGGUUCAGUUUUGACCCAAAAUCCCAAGUGUUUUCUUCUUUCUUUUUGGAGAUCAGGUCUCCCUCUGUUGCCGCCAAGUGUUUUCUCCCCUCUGUCUUUCUCUCUCUCUUUCAUUUGUUCUUUCUUUUCUUUUCCUUCCCUUCCUUCCUUCCUUUCUUUUUCUUCCUUUCUUUCUUUUUGAGACAGGGUCUCACUCUGUCACCCAGGUUAGAGUACAGUGGCAGGAUCACGACUCACUAUAGUUUCGAUCUCCAGGGCUCAAGUGAGCCUCCCACCUCAGUCUCCCAAGUAGCUGGGACUACAGGAGCAUGUCACCGGGCAGGCCUGGCUACAUUUUUUUAUAUUUUUUGUAGAAACAGGGUCUCAUCAUGUUAUCCAGGUCUUGAACUCCUGGGGUCAAGUGAUUCACCUGCCUCAGCCUCCCAGAGUGCUGGGAUUACAGGUGUGAGCUACUGCAGCCAGCCCAAGUGUUUCUAGGACAUAGAGGCAUAUACCAAGGCAAACAGUAUUUAGCAUACACUGGGUGGGCAGCUAUUUCAUGAAACCCCGUAGCCUUUGAUAAUCACAGCUAUAGCACCAUAUAAUGUUAUGCCUUGUAACAGAGACAUUCUUGUAAUGGAAACCUAGAGAAAGUAGAGGUUUUAUUAACAUGGGUUGGUAUGUUUAUACACACCUAUCCAUGUCCACCAUUUCAUGACCACAUAUGAAUUGCAAUAGGUAAUUUUUUAUAGUUUUCUUUUUUUUUUUAUUUGAGACAGAGUUUCGCUCUUGUUACCCAGGCUGGAGUGCAAUGGCGCGAUCUCGGCUCACCGCAACCUCCGCCUCCUGGGUCCAGGCAAUUCUCCUGCCUCAGCCUCCUGAGUAGCUGGGAUUACAGGCACACGCCACGAUGCCCAGCUAAUUUUUGUAUUUUCAGUAGAGACGGGGUUUCACCAUGUUGACCAGGAUGGUCUUGAUCUCUUGACCUCGUGAUCCACCCACCUUGGCCUCCCAAAGUGCUGGGAUUACAGGCGUGAACCACUGCACCGGCUACAUUUUUUAAAAAAUAUUUUUUAAUGAAAAAACAAGAGAGACAGGGGUCUCACCAUGUUGCCUGGGCUGGUCUUGAACUCCUGGACUCAAGCAAUCCACCCACUUUGACCUCCCAAAGUGCUAGGAUUACAGGCAUGAGCCACCAUACCUGGCCCUUCAUUUUAAUUAACAGAUACACCCAUAUAUCAAGGGUGUACUCUCUCCUGGGAUCUUGGAGCAAGUCCAGCCAUUCUUUGCCAGCUAUGGAAUUGAAGCCCCUGCUGCUGCCACUUUGAAAGGUCUUUGCAGGAAAGCAGUCGAGAUUACUUCAGGAAUUAGAGAAGGUUCAAUUCCUGAAAGUUAUACGUUAGUUAUAGAGCCCAGAGAGUUUGUAUUCUGAGUCCUGAAUAAAAGGCCCACGCAGGAGAAUGGGGAACAUGGAGGGCAGAAGUUUGUACUAUAAUUAGCUCUAGGAGUAACACAGAUAGGGGAGGGAGGGGAGUAUAAGCAGCAUCUAUUUUGAGCACAUCUCCGAUUGACGGGACAUGUGUGCUGGACUGUAAUGAUCCCAGGGCCAAAUUGCCUCCCUGUGGUGUGUGUUGUUGGGGGGAGGCCUGGGGCAGCAGGAGCAGGACAGCCGGACACGAAGGCCGGACAGGGUACGAGCACCUCAACAUCUCGCCCUGGGACACUGUUCAAACUCCGGGGGCCAUAGGCCAAGCUGAGCGAUGGGUGCUGAGGAGGAGGUGCUGGUCACACUAUCAGGGGGAGCCCCCUGGGGCUUCCGACUUCAGGGGGGGGCCGAACAGAGGAAACCCUUACAGGUGUCCAAGAUUCGAAGACGGAGUCAGGCUGGCAGAGCAGGACUCCGAGAGAGGGACCAGAUAUUGGCAAUCAAUGGGAUCUCUUGCACCAACCUCUCCCAUGCCAGUGCCAUGAGCCUCAUCGAUGCCUCUGGAAAUCAGCUUGUCCUCACUGUGCAACGGGUAGCAGACGAGGGGCCUGUGCAAUCUCCAUCUCCCCAUGAGCAUCAGAUGCUGUCACCCUUAUCUCCACUGAGUCCUGAGCCCCCUGGUGCUCCAGUUCCUCAGCCUCUGCAGCCUGGGAGCCUUCGUUCACCUCCUGAUAGUGAGGCUUACUAUGGAGAGACUGACAGUGAUGCUGAUGGCCCUGCUACCCAGGAGAAGCCCCGCCGACCUCGCCGCCGAGGCCCCGCAAGGCCUACCCCUCCGGGUGCCCCACCUGAUGAGGUCUACCUGUCUGACAGCCCUGCAGAGCCGGCACCUACUAUCCCUGGCCCUCCUAGCCAGGGUGACAGCCGUGUGAGCUCCCCAUCUUGGGAGGAUGGGGCAGCCCUUCAGCCACCCCCAGCUGAGGCUCUGCUGUUACCCCAUGGUCCCCUCCGGCCUGGUCCUCAUCUCAUCCCUAUGGUGGGGCCUGUUCCCCACCCAGUGGCAGAAGAUCUUACUACCACCUACACCCAGAAGGCCAAGCAAGCCAAACUGCAACGUGCAGAGAGCCUUCAAGAGAAGAGCAUAAAGGAGGCCAAGACCAAAUGCCGGACAAUUGCAUCCCUGCUCACUGCAGCCCCCAACCCCCACUCCAAAGGGGUGCUUAUGUUUAAGAAACGACGGCAGAGAGCCAAGAAGUACACCCUGGUGAGCUUUGGGGCUGCUGCUGGGACAGGCGCUGAGGAGGAGGAGGACGGCAUUCCCCCUACGAGUGAGUCCGAGCUGGACGAAGAAGCCUUCUCUGACGCCCGCAGCCUCACCAAUCAAUCUGACUGGGACAGUCCCUAUCUGGACAUGGAGCUUGCCAGGGCAGGCUCAAGAGCAGCAGAGGGCCAGGGCUCUGGGCUGGGAGGGCAGCUGAGUGAGGUCUCUGGGCGAGGGGUGCAGCUCUUUGAACAGCAGCGCCAGCGUGCAGACUCCAGCACCCAGGAACUGGCAAAGGCCGAACCAGGAGCCAUGCUCAACGGGGAGGGCUUGCAGUCACCACCUCGGGCCCAGAGUGCUCCCCCGGAGGCGGCUGUGCUCCCACCCAGCCCCUUGCCGGCCCCUGUAGCCAGCCCCAGUCCCUUCCAACCAGGUGGGGCCCCGUCCCCAACUCCAAGCAUCUUUAACCGGUCAGCCAGGCCCUUUACCCCGGGUCUACAAGGCCAGCGGACAACUACCACCUCAGUUAUUUUCCGGCCCCUAGCCCCCAAGAGAGCUAACGACAGCCUGAGGGGCCUCAGUCCCGCCCCACCCCACUUCUUGUCUUCUCCGCAGGGGCCCACCCCUCUGCCCAGCUUCACUUCAGGGGUUGCCAGCCACGUGCCAGCCUCUGGUUCCCCCAGCACCCCACGCUCCUCCGGCCCUGUGACAGCCACCAGUUCCCUGUACAUCCCAGCCCCCAGUCGGCCUGUUACCCCAGGCGGAGCCCUAGAGCCUCCCGCUUCUCCUAGUUCAGCUGCCAUGACCUCCACCGCUUCUAUCUUCCUAUCUGCGCCUCUGAGACCCUUUGGGCACUCAGAGGCGGCCGCCCCAGGCCCAGCGGCCUCUGAGCCCCCUAGCGCUCGGGAGCAGCGCAUCUCUGUGCCAGCUGCACGCACGGGUAUCCUGCAGGAGGCCAGGCGCCGAGGGACGCGGAAGCAGAUGUUCCGGCCUGGAAAGGAGGAGACGAAGAACUCGCCCAACCCCGAGCUACUAUCGCUGGUGCAGAACCUGGAUGAAAAGCCCCGGGCCGGAGGUGCUGAAUCUGGUCCUGAGGAGGACGCACUGAGCCUCGGGGCGGAAGCCUGCAACUUCCUGCAGCCAGUAGGGACCAGGAGUUACAAGACCCUGCCUCACGUGACACCUAAGACCCCGCCUCCAAUGGCUCCCAAGACCCCGCCCCCUAUGACUCCUAAGACUCCACCCCCAGUGGCUCCUAAACCUCCGUCUCGAGGGCUCCUUGAUGGGCUCGUGAAUGGGGCAGCCCCUUCGGCUGGAAUCCCUGAGCCACCAAGGAUGCAGGGCAGGGGUGGGGAGCUGUUUGCCAAGCGGCAGAGCCGUGCGGACAGGUAUGUGGUGGAAGGUACACCUGGUCCUGGUGUUGGCCGUCGGCCUAGAAGUCCUUCUCCUACCCCAUCUUUGCCCCCUUCUUGGAAAUAUUCACCCAACAUCCGUGCCCCACCUCCUAUUGCUUACAACCCACUGCUCUCUCCCUUUUUCCCCCAGGCGGCCCGAACUCUCCCUAAGGCCCAAUCCCAGGGGCCUCGGGCAACACCCAAGCAGGGCAUUAAGGCUUUAGAUUUUAUGCGGCAUCAGCCCUAUCAACUUAAAACUGCCAUGUUCUGUUUUGAUGAGGUUCCCCCGACUCCUGGACCCACUGCCUCAGGGUCCCCCAAAACUGCCCGAGUCCAGGAGAUUCGCCGGUUUUCCACUCCGGUGCCCCAGCCCACUGCAGAGCCCCUCGCUCCCACCGUGCUUGCCCCACGGGCAGCCACUACACUGGAUGAGCCCAUCUGGAGAACAGAGCUGGCCUCAGCCCCUGUUCCUAGCCCAGCCCCUCCUCCAGAGUCUUCCAGGGGCCUUGGGGCUUCUCCUAGCUCCUGUGGUUUCCAGGUAGCCAGGCCCCGAUUCUCAGCCACCAGAACAGGAUUGCAGGCUCAUGUGUGGAAGCCUGGGGCAGGGCACCAGUGAGCAGGCACAGGUCCCAGGACCAAGGAGAGGUAGAACAUCCAGUUCCUAAAGUUGCUUCUCCUACCCUAUCCCACUCCCUGUCUCUGGCAUCUAGAAGCUAAAUUGCCUCCUGCAAGAGAUAGUUUUCAAGUCCUGCAAAAGAGUUUUUGAGUUCAUGUCCCAUCCCUCACCUUCCUCCUCACUCCCUACCUCCUUGCCGCUUUCCAACCAUGUCUGCUUUGAUACCUUUGCCUCUCUUUGUCUCUGCAUUUUCUUGUCUGGAUCUCUGUCUUUAUUUUCAGGUUUCUCCACCCAUAUUCCUCCACAGGUCUCUCUUCCUUGACAUUUGAGCUUUUCUCUGUGGGCCUCAUUUUAAUGUUCAGUGAGAAGCACACAGCAGAAGUGACCACUGAGAUCUCAGGCAGGAAGCUUACCACAAGGCAGACAGCAAAGGGAGUGAAUUGACCCCUGUUUGCAUUAAGCCACCUCCACCCCCCACUCUGCUUUCCCAAGAUUGCCUGGCAUAUAUCUAGACCUGUAUGUGUGUGUAUGUGUAUGUGCAAGUGUGUGUUUGUGCACAGAUGUGCUCUUUCAUCUGAGGCAUGAGUAAGUAAGAGGAGAGGUCAAAAUAAAGACCCAAUCUGAGUCUUAUUGUUGUACUAAUAGAAGGGUCAGAUAGCCCCACAUGAAGUUGAGCGGGAGAAAGAGAUUCACUAGAGAAUAACUCCUUACAGACCAAUGUCUGUAGCAAGUGUACAGCAUCUUGUGAAAGUUACGGAGCAUGAAAAGACUGAAGGGCCAGGACAGUUUGCAUGGGCUGAGUUAUACCAGCUAGACCAGGAAUAGAACAAAUAACUCUAUUCCUGUUUCAGAAAGUUAGCAACAUGAGAGGCCAGUGCUGAGCAACCCAGUACCCAGGAAAUGAAAAAAUGAAAGAAAAUUUCCUCUGAGAAUGAACAGAUCAUUGGCUUCAUUGCCUCAUGAGCUUGAGAGAAAGGAGAAGAGAGCUGGAGUGUGGAGAGUGAGGCGGAAACCAGAAGAAUGGCAGAAAUGAGUGUAAGUGAUUGAGUCCACAGACAGAAGUAUGGUAAGGGACAAUGCCAUAUUGGCAGAAAGUAAAGUUGGGUAACAAGAAACCAACCUUGUGUGAGAGAAGGAUUGGGAAACAAUUUGAGGGAGAAGAAUGUAUUUGUUGGAGUGGAAGGGGAUGGUGGUGGAAGGGAGGUGUGAGGGUGUGUGCUGAGUGUUGAAAGAACAGUUGGUGUCUGUGUGACCUUCCUUGAGUCUGUUCUUCAGUGUGUCUUCUGCAGCUUGCCAUGACUACCUAGGAAAGAGCAGGGAAAUACCCAGAGCCAAAAUCUCUUUUCAGUCCCACCCCAUCCCUCAAAACCCCAGCUCUUGCUUCUUUUCAGCUUCAGGUCCUAAUCUCUGAUCUUAGAGGAAUACAGACUCCCUUCUCACCAAGACCACCACCAGCCAUGUUGGUUUAAUCUGGAAAGUGCUAAUUUCCUUUGCUUGUUGGGUGUGAGUCACAAUACUUUGGUUUGUGCACAAGAAUAAAUUUAUGUCCCAUACCUUC